UGGACUCACACCAACUCGCCUAGCCCUAGCGGUAGGAAGCGAAAGCGAGAGAUCCCACCCAUGGAGAGAUCCCACCACCUCCUCCUCGUGCUCGGCCUCCUCGCCGCGCUGCUCCCGGCGGCCGCGGCUACCUUCGGGACGACGCAGCCGGAGCCUGGGGCCCCAUGCGAGCCCACCCUCCUCGCCACCCAGGUCUCGCUCUUCUGCGCGCCGGACAUGCCGACCGCGCAGUGCUGCGAGCCUGUGGUGGCCUCCGUCGACCUCGGGGGUGGCGUCCCCUGCCUCUGCCGUGUCGCCGCCGAGCCGCAGCUCGUCAUGGCCGGCCUCAACGCCACCCACCUCCUCACGCUCUACACCUCCUGCGGUGGACUCCGCCCCGGAGGCGCCCACCUCGCCGCCGCCUGUGAAGGUCCAGCUCCUCCCGCCGCCGUCGUCAGUGCCCCUCCCCCCUCCGCCGCACCUCGCCGCAAGCAGCCAGCACACGAGGCACCUCCGCCUCCGCCGUCGACUGAGAAGCCGUCCCCGCCGCCUCAGCAGGACAACGUCACCGCCCACGGCAAGGCAAUCCCCACCCAUGCGGCCACAUCCCCGCUCGCGCCGGCUGCUUCCAUGAUCCACAUGUCCCCACCGCCCGCAUGCAAUCCAUGCUCCGGCUCCGCCGCUUCCUCAGCCGAGGGGCCCCUCCUCAUCGCCGCGCUCCUCCUCGUCAUCACCGCCAUCAUCGUCGGCACCCUCGACGAUAAGUGAUCCAGGAGCCGUCCGCCCCCUCCGACUCACCAACGUCCGACUAUGAUCCAGUUGCAGUAGUGGUCUUGUUCUGUUUCAUGUUUCUCGCCAUUUGGUUCCGAGAUUUCUAUAUCGUGCCUAGUCGUAGCUGUAGCAGUCAGUAUGUUCAUGUGUCCACAAGAUGUGGUCGAGUAUAACAUUGGGUUUCAUGAUUCCUCUAGCAGAUGAAACACUAUGUGAUGUGAUCUGAAUGGAUGCAGUUUUGCUACCUUUUCUGCUGCUAUGAUAUGCUUAUCCA